AUGUCACUCUGUCUUUCUUGGGAUAUCCACAAGUUAGGACAAUUGAAGAGUGAGAUCAAGUCCUUAGAAUCAUCCCUCAACGAUAUCAUGUCCCAGGCCGAUCUUGAUGAAGCCCAUAAUAUUAUAGACACCUAUAAUAUGGCCCUGACAAAUAAAGUCAACAAGACUCAAAAAAGAAAUUUCUCCGCGACAGUGUUCCACAGUCUAGGAACAACUGAUUUACACGAUCUAGAGGAACACAAACUCUAUAAGCCCAAGAGUGACUGGGAACCUGCACCGGGCAAGUGCGGCGCGCUUGAGUCGUAUAUUGACGCCGUUGAGUCAGACAUAGAGAAGCUCCUUUCAAUGCCAGACAAGACUCCCGACAAUUUGAGUAAGGAAGAGAGAUCUGCCUUACAAUCAUUAAAGAAUCGGGAUGACAUUGUAAUCAAGAAAGCAGACAAAGGCUCUACAGUUGUAGUAAUGGAUAAAGAGACUUACAUGGCGGAAGCCCAAAGACAACUCUCUCAGACGAACGUUUCUAUAAGAAACUGGACUCUGACCCUACUAAAGAAUUCUCCACCGCCAUUACCAAAACUCUUGACGAUAUGUUUGAGAAAAAUGAGAUUGUAUAGCAGACAUCAAAUUGUCCCAUUCCAACAAAGAAAAUCAACCUUGAUUUAUCCAAAGUGUGCAAAACAUCCGACCAAAGCCUGUGAAUUACAAAGCAAGGAAUGUGACAUUCCUAUUUGUGCCUUAUGCUCAGCAUCAAAACAGCAUGAAGGACAUAAAUUUUUAGUCCUUGAAGAAGUUUACAACUCAAAGAAAAAUGAAAUUGCAAAAGAUACCGAGGAAUUACAGGACAUUAUCUCCCCUACAUAUGAAGAAAUCACAAAUGAUCUAGAAACACAGAUAGCUAACUUGGAUGGAGAAUAUGAGAAACUAACAACAGCAGUGACAGAACAUGGAAAACAAUGGCACAAAGAAAUUGACAAUGUCAUAAAUGCUAUGAAACAAGAAAUUGAAGAUUUUAAAACAAAACACCCUGACAUAUUGAAGAAACAUGCAGAAGAAAUCAAACAAUUACAAUCUCUUCUUAAAGAAACUCUAGUCAACUUGAAGAAAAUUGAAGAAUCCAAUGAAGUGUCUAUGAGCAUAAAAUACAGCUCCAGAAACAAAGAAUUCAGUAAGCUUCCUCCUAAAAUUCAAGUAUCACUGCCCAUGUUUAAUCCACAACCAGUAGAUAGAGAACAGCUUUAUAAAUUAGUUGGAAUUCUUUCACCUUUAUCUACUACAAAAGAUGAGCACGGCUACAAACUGCAUACACCAGGGACAUCAACCAGAAAGCUGCUGGAAGAAUCAGAACUUAUCACUUCUAUAGAUACUGGUUAUAAAAAAAUCUUUAGUGUUGUCUGUCUCAGUGAAGAAGAAAUCUGGGCAAGUGGAUUUAAAGUCAGUGAUAUGAAAUGUUAUUACAUACAAGGUUUACUUAUCAAAACAAUCAAAACAAAAACAGGGGAAUGGCCACGUGGCAUAGCAGUAACAAGUGACGGGAGUCUAGUGUACUCUAAUGGGAGAACAAAGACUGUUAAUAAAGUGAAGAAUGGACAGACAGAGGAGAUGAUCAGACUUCAGGGCUGGAAACCUCUCAAUCUCUGUGUGACCUCCUCUGGUGAUCUCCUGGUUACCAUGUACAGUGAUGAUCAAACACAAUCUAAAGGCUCCACAGAGAAACAAACAAUCCGGGUUGAUGAGGAGGGUAAACCUCUCUACUCAGGAAAUCAUUCCUGA